CUGAGCUAUAAUGAUAAAAGCGCUCAUGCUGCAUUGGCACCUUGGCACUGAGCCCUGCCAAUGAGUCAGCGUCCGAGCAGAGCUGCAGGUCAAUAGUCGCUGAUACUUUUCGAUGCAUUUAUUUCUCGCCUGAUGAAACGGGCUGCAUUUUUUUUUUUUUCAACAUCCUGAUUUUCAAUCUGAGGCUAAUUUGUUUCUUAACGCACCAUGGAGCAGUUUCGUGAUUUAUUUGCUAAACUGGAUCAAAACGAGGAUGGGUUUAUAACAGUGUCGGAGCUCCGCGAUGAAAUGAGGAAACAUGGGAUCCUCUCAGCGGAUGAAAAGGUCCAGAAUAUCAUUGAUUCUUAUGACAAAGACAAAGAUGGCCUGUUGGAUUAUAAAGAGUUCCUCAGCUACAUGAUGGACAGAGAGAGGAAAUGGAAAAUUUACUUUCAUGACCUUGACAAGAACAAGUGUGGAGUCAUUGACCAGGAGGACAUCAUAUGUUUGUUUAAGGAGUUAGGAGUGGUCAUAUCAAAGCCGAAUGCAAAAAAAAUAAUUCAAAUGAUGGAUAAGGACAGUUCUAUGACAGUGGACUGGGGUGAAUUCCUGCACCAUGUCAUCCUGAACCCUGUGGACAACAUCGGGGAGCUGGUGUCGUCAUGGAAACACAGUCUGAUUUUCGAUGUGGGUGAGAGUCGUACAAUGCCCAUCGAGUUCCCCGAAGAGGCUUCUGGUUUUGGUGCGUGGAGGACGUUCAUUCUUGCAGCAGGUCUGGCAGAUGCUGUAUCCCGAACUGUGACGGCUCCCAUCGACCGCCUUAAGACCCAACUCCAGGUUCAUGGAUCCAAAGCCUUCUCCCAAGGCUUUCAGGAGAUGAUGAGGGCAGGUGGUCUUCGGUCGAUGUGGCAAGGCAACGUCGUCAACUUGCUGAAAGGAACGCCACAGUCAACGCUACAAUGUCUUAUCUACGCCCAGAUGAAGGUGUACACUCAGAACAGGAACCAGGAAACUCUGACGGUGCACCAGCGUUUCGGCUUGGGUUGUGUGUCCGGUGCUGUCGCUCACGCUGCCUUCUACCCUUUAGAGGUGCUGAAGGUGAGGCUGAACCUGCAGCAAGCUGGCACCUACCAUGGUGUUGUGGCAUGUGCCCGAUCUAUUUACAGACACGAGUCGGUGUCCUCCUUUUACAGAGGAUUCAAGCCGAGCAUCCUCUGCAUGAUCCCCUACGCAGGUGUGGAGUGUGCAGUUCAUCAGUCCAUCAUGAACUGGGCAAAGAGUGAUCCAGCCUACAACAGUGACUCCAAACUCUUUUUCUUCAGUUUUGUGGCCUUUGCUUCUGGACAAAUUACCAGUUACCCACUAGCAGUAAUUCGGACUCAGCAGCAAGCACAAGCUUUCAGCUCAGAUUCACAUCCAGCCUCAGGUGUAUUACAAGGACUUACAGGGAUAUAUGAAAAACGUGGAAUUAGAGGAUAUUAUAAUGGAAUGGGUGCCAGCUUUGUCAGGGCUAUUCCAUGUGCUCUGAUAAACUACACUUUAACUAGAAAAUUGGAAAAUCUGGUUUCCUCAACUGAGGCUUGAGAUUUGGCACAGAGGUUGUUUUCUUUGGAACACAAAUAAAACAAAAACUGUGAGCUCUUAUUUAAUUUAUUUGGCUGAAGACAUGUGUAAUUCAACAUUCUAUACCUCUGUUCUGUAGCUUUUUCCUAGCUUUUCUUUCUAAUUUCUAUAAUAUAGCUUUUUAAAUACAGCACACCUCACAAAUGCACAGUUGACCUGAAAUUCAGAAUUUGACAAUAUGAAAUAAUUUCCUACUUGAGACUGGGUUGUGUAAAUGAGGACGUGUUGUGUGUGUAAAGU